AUGAAUGAAAGAGAGAAGUUGAAAAAUAAAAUUUGGGAAAUGGAGUCAAAUCAUCAACGUGCUGAAGCAGAUUUUGCAGCAAUGCAAGAAAGCCAAGGUCAGUUUGUAGAGCUUCUCACUAAGAAGGUGGAGCAAUUGAAAAAGGAAAAGCUGGACUGGUUGAAUGAGAAAGACAGUUAUGAAGCACAAAUCAAGAAAUUCAAACAGGAAACAUGCACAGUGGCAGAAGAAGCAAACUACCAGACAUCAGUUUCACAGGCCCAAAUCGACGAGCUUACUUAUCGGGUAUGAAA